CCUAAUCUUCUCUUCUUCUCACAAACCAACCAAGCAAAAGAAAAGCAACUGUCUUCUUCUUCUACUGCUCUUCCCUCAAACCUUCCACAGACAACUAGCCAUGGCUUCAGCAAGCAGAGCUUCUUGGAUUGUAGCAGCGAGCAUCAGCGCGGUGGAAACGCUGAAGGAUCAAGGUGGCCUUUGCAGAUGGAACUAUACUAUGAGGUCUCUGCAUCAAAAGGCAAGAAAAGAGAUUGGUUCUUUUUCACUGGCAAGAAUAACGCCUUCUUCGACGAUGAUGAUGGUCGGAGUAGUAAACACCAGUGGAGAGCAAGCUAAGAGAGCAGAGGAGUCCUUAAGAAAAGUCAUGUACUUGAGCUGCUGGGGUCCGAAUUAGAUUGUAUAUUUGUAUCUAUGAAUCCAACGGUCUUCACAAGUUGGAUUUUUUUUUUCAUUAUGGGUGUAAUUUUCUGUU